UAGGGAUGCUAACAACCAGAUGUACCCAAUUGCUUGGGCUGUUGUGGAGAUCGAGAACAAUUCUUCUUGGACAUGGUUCCUAGAGCUUCUCAAAGAAGACCUAAACAUUGAAAGACCAGAGUUUUGGACAAUUAUCAGUGACCAACAGAAGGGGUUGUCCAGUGUUAUAGAGCAUGUUUUGACUGGAAUUGAACACAUAAAUUGUGCUAGGCAUAUACAUGCCAAUUGGAGCAAAUCUCACCGAGGCUUGAUCCUGAAGAAGUUAUUCUGGAAGGUUGCAAAGUCCACAUCACAACAAGAACUCCAAGCAACCAUAAAAGAGAUGGAGAAAGCAGAUUCUCAAGCUGCCAUAGAUUUACAGAAAUACCCACUUCAGUUAUGGUGCAAGGCAUUCUUCAGAGUGGGUGUGAAGUGUGAUGCGUGCGAUAAUAAUCUUUCUGAAGCCUUCAAUAGUACACUCCUAAGAUGCAGAUCCAAGCCCUUGAUUCCAAUGCUUGAGGAUAUAAGGGUGGGAAUGAUGAAGAGAAUUGCUAAGAAGAAAAAGGCUGUGUUGAAAUGGCCAGG